AUGUCUUCAGGAGAAAAUCUAAACGAAGUCACAUCUUCAUUUAUCAAAAUGAAAGGAAACCAAUCUAAAUCUGAAGAUGUUCUCCCCAAUCAAAAGAGAAAAGUAAAUGCUUCUGUUAAUGAAAAGGAAAGUGAAGUUGUUUUAGAGAAAAAGUCCAAGGUGGAGUUUGAGAAUUGUGAAGUUAGUGUUGAUAGUAAAUAUGUUCAUGAGAUGUUAGGAUUACCAUCUGGUGGUUCAUUACUAUCAAACAUGGAUUACAUUUCCAAGAAUGAUGAAGAGAGUUAGAAGAUAAGGUUUCUUGAAGAUAUUUUACAAGAGGAUGGAGGAUUUGGAUGUGGAUAUGUUAAUGAACCAUAUGUUGAAGAAGAAUUUCAAGAAUAUGAGUAUAAUAAGGAGGAACCUGGUGGUGAUGAGGAUGAAGAAGAGUUUGAUAUUAAUAAAGAUAGUAUCGUGGAGGUGUAUGAAACUAAAAUUUCAUAUAUGUAUCAGAAGAUGGUGGAUUUGAAAAAUGAUCUUAUUGUAAAGAUAAAUGAGGGAGUGUUGAAGUUUCCUCAAAGCACUGAAAACUUGGUUGAUGGUAGUAUAAGCCAAAAACCAGUUGAAGAUGAUGUCAAUGACAAUUUGACUGGUUUUGAGAAAAAUAAAUCUUAUGUUGGGAAUGUAAAUUUGGGUGAGGAUGAUCAUAACAAAGAAGUAAUUUCAGAUCGUAUUGUUGAUAAAGUUAUUGUAGAAAAGAAGAAAGAAGAUGCAUUAAUUGAUCCAAGUUUAUUGAAAGCUUUUGCUGAAGUGUUAGUUGAAAUUUCUAAAGCAAAGAAGGAUGGAGAAGGUGUGGUAGAAGGUGAAGGUUUACAAAUUAUACAAUGGAAGGAUUCAAAUGAGACUCAAUCAUUGAAAAGGGACAAAGCAGAAUGGAAAGUUGAGAAGUUUUCUCGUCCAAGCUUUAGCCUUGGAUUUAGUCAAGAUUCUCAAGGUUCCAAGAAGGCAUCUCAAAGUCAAUGUUCUCUUGAACGGAUGAAAAAGAAAAAGAUUAGGGAUGGAGUUUAUUUGGGAAAACCAAGUGCUGGGCCACAGUUUGUUGUCCCAAAUGUUGAUGUUUUUGAUGCUAGUCCAGUUUAUUUUGUUUCCCCUUUGGGUACAUUAGAAGUACCAUCUAAACCAAUUUCUGACCAAGCUAGAGAGAUAAAUGAAAAAAUUUCAUCAAAAGCAAAGUCUAGCAAACCUAAACAUAUAAAUGAAGAAGGAACAUCAGAAGUAGAUGUCAAAGGAAAGAGAGAAAUGAAGUUUUCUUAUGUUUAUAAGUCACAUUUUAAGGAAAGGUUAAUUGAUUUUAAACCAAUUUUGACACAAGUAGAAAAUUUUGUUUGUCAAUGGCUUUUUAGUCUUCAAGGAAAUCCAGGGUAA